AUGGCCGAGCAGACUGAAAACCAACAACAACCCCCCCAGCUCAGCAUACGUGACACCCUCGUCUUGUCAUGUCUGGGGGAUGACGAGAGAAUAAAGCUGGAAGAACAUAUCCUCAAGUCGGCCGACCUUGAUGUUGCGGCAACCAAGGUUGACGAUGAGACCAUCGCCUCAAGAAUCACGCUCAUCCGCGGGUUUGCAGAGUGCGCACGCGGUGAUGAGGCCAUCGUGGCUGCUCUGGCCGCUGAUUCUUCUCUUUCAAGCCUGCGCCAGGUUGCCGCACGCUUCAAUGCCGCCGAGCUCUCUGCCCUUGUUGACCGAGGACCAGGAGUAGCAACCGCCAGCACGUCAGAGGCUCCCCAGGAUGUUUCUGCCAUCAAGCCAGCGGCACGUAUCUUUAGGCAGAGAAUUUUCGUGUUGGAACGCGAUGCCGUGCUGCGUAAGAUGGUGGACGACGGGGAGAUUCCCAUCGGGCUGAGAGAUGAUGACAACAAAGAAGAAGACGCCAAUGUCAAGAGGCACAUCAUCGAUGUCCUGCACACCCAUCCCGACCUGUUUAGCAAGGUUCCUUUCUCUCUCACCGAGGGCGCAUUGAAGGACAUCAGCGAGGAAAAUGGGACGCGGCAGAAGGUAGACACCACCAUUCGAGCCAUUCAGCGUGUUCAAUCACUGUCAACGGCCCCGGCGGCCGUGGCAGCUAUGCUGAAGGCUGGUUUUGGGUCCGCCCAGCAGAUUGCUGCAGUGCCGGCUUCUCACUUUGUUCAUGACAUCGGCAAUGCCAUCACUGCGGACGACACAGCUCAAGGCAGCGCUGAAGAGGCCGCCCGCAAUAUCCACGCACAGGCGACAAACGUAGCUCUUCACGCCAACAUGGCACUCGCGUCGACGCUUCAAAUGGUACGCGGAACGGGCGUCCGCGCCAUCGACGGGGCUGCAUCUCGCGGGGACCGCAUAGCUGCUGCAGAGUCCGUCACCGUCAGCGGCAUGCGCAGCACUGUCAAUCUCGAGCAGCUUUUCGGCACCAUGGACUUUUGCGAAUGUUCGGACUGCGCCUCGGUCACAUCACCUGCAGCAUACUUGGUCGACAUUCUGCAGUUUCUCCGAAACAACAACCUGAAAGAUGAGUACCGUCCCGGCUGGGAGGGUACCGCCCUCGAGAUGCUCUUUCGCCGUCGGCCUGAUCUUGCCGAAAUCGAAUUGACGUGCGCCAACACUAACACGGUACUGCCCUACAUCGACCUCAGCAACGAAGUCAUGGAAUCCUUUGUCUGCCAUCUCGGCAAGUUCAUUGAAGACAACCACCAGCCAAAGCAAGUGACGCUUGAUGCCUUCAACAUUGACGAGGACGAUGUCAGCAGCGCCCUCUUAUCCCAGCCGGCCAACGUCAAUUACGCUGCGUACUGCAAGCUCAAGGACGCCGUAUAUCCCUUCACGCUGCCGUAUCAUCAGCCGCUGGACGAGAUCCGAAUCCUUCUGGGUCACCUUGGUACGUCAAGGCACGAGUUGCUCAAUAUUUUUCGGCCGACGCAACGCACCGGUGACCCGAGACGUGACGAAUGGGGGAGACAAGCCCACGAGCGGGCUUACGUGGCAGAGUAUCUCCUUCUGUCGCAGCAGGACUUCCGAGUUCUGACUCGUCAGGUGUUUUAUCCGAAGGAGUACUUUGAGUACAUUAUCUCGCCAGGCACACGCAUCAGCGACGAAGAGUACGAGGCACGCAUUCAGGUUGAACCAGCUUAUCGGUGCUGGGGCUAUGUCAACGGAGACCACGAAAUGCUGUCGACCGUCGAGGAGCACGAGCUUGGCCUUGCUUUCGUGAAGAAGCAGUUCCUGCCGCGAUCAGGAAUCAAGUAUACAGAUCUGGUUGACCUCCUCCGUACAACAUACAUUAACCCAAACUACCCCUCCGGCUGGGCCCUACUCCUGCUCCACCGCCUCCGAUGGAGCUACCGCUAUCUCGUUACGCUUCUCGGCCCCAUAGGCAGCCCUGGGCGUUACGACAAGUUGAUCGCCUUCCUCAUCAGGUUCCAGCCGCUCGCUGAGCUCUUCGGCAAACUUCGCCAGAAGUACAUCGACGAUCUCGGCCGUGCGGACCAGGGCAAGAAUGCGGAGGCACUCGAAGAGCUGGCCAAGCGACUCGGAUAUCCUCCAUGUUCUUGUGACGACGGAGCCAUCUGGCGAUGCUGGGUACUGCGGUACUUCGAUCUUGUUGGCGACCUCAUCGUACUGGAUUCGAGGGACGGUGGUGUGUUCGAGACGGAAGGUUGGCUGGUGCUGCAGCGAGAGGUCCCGCAGCUUGGGUUUGUUGGCUCAGCAGCAGAGGUAAUCAGCGGCCGGGAUGACAAUGUGGACAGGGAUAUCGGAUACCUCCAUCGCGACGGCCGCAUCACCUCUACGGCUGUUGACGGCACCCUGACUCUGGUUGGUCGCAUCGAUGAGACUGGUGCAGCUGUCGAUGUAGACGGCGUGUUCUUCCACAUCAAGUACGGACUCGACUGGCAGUUGCGCAUGCAGCUGUGGAAUAUUGAGCGAACUAGGGCUUUCGGCGAGAUCGACAAUCAAAGUAGCAAUGUGUACGUCUGGAAUUGGGAGCGGGCUGCAUCAUGGGGUCCAAUCCAGGACACUUGCAACAUCGAAAACGUACGGCUCAUUCGCCUGAACGGCGAGGCGCUGCGAAUUGACGACUGCGAUCGCAUUCACCGCUUCAUUCGUUUGUGGCGUCGGCUGGACUGGUCCAUAGAUGACCUCGACCAGGCUCUUUUAGGGCUUGCCACUGUACCGGAAAGUAGCAGUGAUGGCGGUGGCUCUGAUACUCCGAGUUCCAACCCCGGAAGGACGAUCACCUGGGAAGAUUUCCACGAUCGCUGUCAGGGGUCAGGGAAUGGUGGAGGCGGCGAUCGAGGGCAAUGCCCACUACAUGAAGGAGAGGACUGGACGCCGCCGGCGCUUGCGUCCAUCUCACCCGGCUUCCUUGGACAAGUCGUUGCCCUCAAGAAGCUGCUGGACCUGACUGGCCUCGGUCUGGCUGAGCUCCUGACGUUUUGGGCAGACAUAUCAGUACACGGCCAACCCAAGUCGCUUUAUGCCAAGCUAUUCUUGACGCAUAAUCUUCUUGGUAUAGACCGUGUUUUUGCGGCUGAUGCCAACGGCAACUAUCUCAAUUAUGCUAGGCCUGAAAAGCUAGCAGCACACGCCGCCGUCGUCAUGGCUGCGUUGCGGAUUCGAACAGCCGAUGACUUGAGGACGGCAACCAACCUUGCCGGUCUUCCUCAGGAUGCAGAUUUGACACUCAAAAGUGUGUCAAGCAUUUACCGGCUCGUGUUGCUGGCUCGCGUACUGAGCGUCAAGCUGAGUCUGCUCCCAAGCGUCAUAACACUGCUUGGUGACCCGUUUGGCGGCGGAGCAGUUCGCACGAUCUCUUUCCUUGAAGACUGGGAUCGGAUAUCGUCGUCUGGUUUCUCUCUGCAUCAGCUGGUCUAUGUCAUAGAAGACGAUGAGAUUGAGCCAGUCCGACCCGUAGGUCCUUCCAUUACCGAUAUUCUCAAGACGACUAAGCAGCUUGCCGACGGUCUGGACGCCAUUCUUAAAACCUACCCAGACAUAGACCAAACGGACCCAACAGUUGUACCAUCGACAGCAGUCACCGCUGCCGCCUCGCAGGCAUUCGACGCGACGACGGUCAGCACCCUUGCAGGUGUCAUCGAAGGCUCCUGGGUCUGGCAAACAAACGCGCCAGUGGGUAUGGCUAUCUCGGUGCCAGUCUUGCUGAAAAAGAAGUUUUCAUACUCGAGUCGAUCAGGUGAUGCAUCCAACGCUCCAUCAGCCACUGUUCAAAUGACCGGAAUCCUUACCGCCAGCGAGGCCGAGGAUGCCAAAUUCUUGGGACGAAUGAAUCCCCUCUGGGCACCCGCAAUUGACCGACUGAUGCGCAAGCCGGGGGCAUGGUUUAACGACACUCUACGUGCGGUGUUCUCGGCGAACCUCGAAGAGGCCAAGGCAACCCUCCUGGCCGGUGACGUGCCUCCAACCACACCAGACCCUACUCAAGAUGAAUCUGUUCCAGUGCCUGAUCCAGGAUCCGCGCCAAGUAAACGGCUUUACUUCUUGGUCUCGUUCCUCCCGUUUCUUCGCGACAGACUCUCUGAUAAAAUGGUGUCUGAUGUCAUGAUGUCAGUUUCGGGGCUAUCCCCAGAGCUGACCCAUCUGUUACUUGAUAGCAUCCUUCGGUCAGGAACAACAUCGGCACUGGAAAUUUUACGCAACCUAAAGUCAACUUCCUCUAAUCCAUCUGCAGACUGGACAGGCUACCUCAUUCCACCUACGAACGACGAGUUCGUCUUCUUCUCUAUUGCUGAUACGCAGCCGUCAGCCAUCAUCCUCGACGGCGCGUCUGUGUCGUUUCCGCAGCCGCUCGACGACCCGAGCAAUGUGUGGGUUUCAGAACCCGUCAAACUUACUGCUGGAAGGCUGUACUCUCUGACGGUCCCGGGCCGUCCAGCAACGCAGCUGCAGUGGAAAUCAGCCCGGUCGCCGCGCGCUGGUAUUCCGGCUUCGGCGCUACUCUCCGGCCAGGCCACCCAGAUUGUGACUGACGUCUUCUCUAAGCUUGUCAAAGCUGGCAUCGUUGUCAACAUUUUCAGUUUGACAACGGCCGAGAUCAUCUUCUUGACAGACGCCGAGGCGCACUUCGACGGCUUCGACCUCAAUUCGCUGUCGUUGCGUGCAUGGAGACGGCUGUGUCAAUUCAGCUCAUUUCGAAAUGGUCUUGCAGCGCCAGAGGCACCCUUAAUUGCCCUUUUCAAAUGGGCAAGCCUGCCCUCAGCCGGCGUCAAUGGCCUCGUCGAUAAGAUCAUUGCGUCUACGAGGUGGGAUUCGCAGCGAGAUUCGCUCACGGCCCUCUUGGCAUCAGAUCACUUUGACCUGUUGUCUCCCGCGAACUUCCUUGAUGAGAGAGCCCUGAUUCGGCUUCAAAAAGCCCUGGCCCUUGUCAAAAGUCUUGGUGUUGUGGAUGUUCCCAUGGUGUUCUCGUGGGCGGACCCGCUUGUCAAAUUCUGGGUUGCGCGGACCAUCGCCGACAACAUACGCAAGGUCGUGCGCGCGCGGUAUACAACAACAGACUGGGAGGCUGCGGUGCAGCCAUUGUACAACACGUUACGUGAGAAUCAGAAGAACGCACUCAUCGCCUAUUUGCUUGCGCAACAGGUUAUACGCGAUCAGGGCAUUGCCGACGCCGACGGGCUUUUCGAAUUCUUCCUCAUUGGUGUGCAGAUGUCGUCUUGCCUGCAGACGUCGCGCAUAAAACAGGCCAUCUCCAGUGUGCAGUUGUUCAUACAGAGGUGCCUCUUGGGCUUAGAAUUGCAGCCACGCAUCAACAGUGUUGAGGGUGACCGACAAAAAGUCCCCGUGCGCAUCGACGCUGUGCGCUGGAGUUGGAUGGAGAAGUACCGUGUGUGGGAAGCCAACCGAAAGGUAUUCCUGUAUCCAGAGAACUGGCUAACAGGCGAGCUGCGGGAUGAUAAGAGCCCUUUCUACCGCGAGCUUGAGAGCGAGCUGCUGCAGAAAGAUGUUGACUCUUCCACCGUCGCGGCGGCGUUUCGCAACUACCUGACCAAAGUGGACGAUGUCGCCAACCUCGAGGCGCAAGGUCUGUUCCUUGAGCAGACCACCGACGUAAAGAUCGUCCACAUUGUAGCGCGCACACGCUGCGCUCCAUACGCAUACUACUACAGACGACUUGACGCAGCACAUGUCAUCUGGCAGCCGUGGGAAAGGAUGACGGUUGACAUACCCAACUACACGAGCGAGACAGCCGAUGGCGUGGUACUGGAGAAUGGCACCUAUGUGACGCCCGUCGUAUGGAACGGACGACUCCUCGUCUUCUUCCCGCAGUUUGCCAAGAAGACGGUCAUGCCGCCAAAGGCUGCCGAGAAGUCAAUGGUUGAGUUGGGUGAUGAGAAACCAUCAACGAACUUGCGGAGCAUCGACUACUGGGAGAUCAGACUGUGUUGCUCGGAGCGGCGACAGGGCGGCGAGUGGACAACCAAGAUCAUAUCAUCCGACGGUGUUUAUGAGACGGUCAAAAACUAUGCUAACUACAGUCUUCCAAACCUCAACGGCUACCUGUUUGUUCCACGGCUCGAGGCAGUGCCGGAUGGCGGCGGAGGCACGAAAUUAUGUGUUGACGUUUUGAGUAACGUCACGUCUGAGAGCUCUGUAGCAGUGGGGUCGUUCGACUUUGUCAACGGCCGACUUCUCAAAUCCUCGGAUGGGUCAAUCACAGCCAGCUUGAGAUUGGACACGGGCACGCCAGCGUUCGGCUACUGGAGCGGUCGGAAAGAAUUACACAGCUUGCAGGCGUCGACUGCGACGGACAACCCCGAGUUCUACAAGACGCCACCGUAUGUCGAGUACCCCGACUCUGUGGUGCGUCCACGGGUCAGAGUCUACUGGACCAACUCGGCAUCGGCCGUCUUUUCGCACCAAUUCGUGCACAAGUUGCUCGGUGCGAUGGCCGUAUCGGACAAGCUGUCGACCGUGUUUGAUCUCUACGCACGGCUCGAGGAUUCUCAUCUAGGGGACGCCUUUGGCGACAACAGGGAGUCGAGGUAUCACGAACUUAAGAAGCCCUACGCCAUCUACAAUUGGGAGCUGGGACUACAUGCGCCUCUGGCCGUCAUGGACAAGCUCGUUCAGCAACGGCAGUUUGAUCAGGCUUUGGACCUCUGCCAUGCCGCCAUUUUCAACCCCAUGGUCAAUACCAACGAUGUGUCCAAGUGCUGGCAGUUCCGCCCAUUCCAAGAAAUCGUGGCUAAAGAUUAUCUCGAGAACUUCAUGCAAUCUCUCGUUCCUAACGAAGAGAACACACAGGUCACUGAGUGGCGAGACAACCCAUUUGCGCCACACGUCGUGGCCAGAUCGCGGCCGGUGGCUUACAUGAAAGCCGUCGUGAUGAAGUACAUCGACACAUUGGUGCAGUACGGCGAUUUCUACUUUCGCCAAAACACGCUCGAGACAUUACCUCUGGCCAUCCAAAUGUACGUGAGAGCGAGCCAUGUGUACGGACCGGCCGGCCAACGCAUCCCAAAGCGCGGCAAAACAGAGCCGCACACUUACCGGCGCCUCCUUGAGCGGUUCGACGCCUUCGGUAACGCUGCUGUCGACCUCGAGCUCGAGUUCCCCUUCAGCAACCAGGUAACGCGACAAUUUCCUGUCGGCUUCACUGGCCGUCCUGAUACGCCUGUCGACCUGCCCAACGUGUUCGGCUCGGCUACGACGCAGUACUUCUGCAUACCGGACAACCCGCAGCUCCGGGCUGUCAGGGCCACGAUUGAUGACCGUCUCUUCAAGCUACGCCACUGUCAGGAUAUCAACGGUGUUGUGCAGCGGCUGCCAUUGUUCGAACCACCCAUCGAUCCUGGCCUGUUGGUCCGAGCGACUGCGGCUGGUGUCAGCAUUGCCAGUGUUCUCAACGAUUUGAACAGCCCCAUGUCCAACUAUCGCUUUCUAUAUCUUGUGCAGAAGGCGCACGAGGUGUGUGGCGAGCUGAGGCAGUUUGUGGCCGGCUUCCUGGCCGCCAAGGAGAAGCAGGACGGUGAGGCGCUGGCUUCCCUAAGACAGCGCCACGAGGUGACGAUCAGUGAGCUUCUCAUGGGUAUCAAAAAAGCCCAGGUUGACGAGGCCAGCUUAUCCCUUGACUCUCUACGGCAAACCCGCCUCGGUCCAGUCUACCGUAUGAGACACUAUCUAUCCCAGCUCGGCGAAGAUGUCUCGAAAGUGCCAACUGAUGUCAAGAGCCCUUUCGCCGAGAUUGAGCUGUCGCAGGAGAAGCUCGUAGCUGAUACAGGGCUUCGGUUGAUCCCCUCGGAGAAGGAGGAGCAGGACAGAUCAACAGUAUCACGCAAGGUCAACAUCAGCGUUGGUGCGACCGAAGCCUUGAGUACUGUGUUCCUGGCGCUGCCCAGCACCAAUGUUCACGGCACGCCGCUCGGCAUUGGAGCGGCCGUCAAGUGGGGCUUCCCGCAGCUCGGUCAUGGACUUGGUGCUGUCGCACGAGGGCUCCGGGCCUGGUCUGAUCAUGAGGCAGCCCAGGCAUCCAUGGCUGGCCGUAGGACGGGCUUGCUUCGGGCCAUGCAAGAUCGUGUACAGAUGGCCAAUUCGGCUGGGUACGAAGUUAAGGCCAUUGACAGCCAGAUCUUGACACAACAAGUGAAGCUGGCACUGGCCGAGCGCGAUGUCUCCAAUCACCAGCAGUCUAUUGACAAUGCGCGGGAGACCGCCGACUUCCUAGCGACCAAGUACACCAACGCUCAAUUGUACUCGCACUUGGAAGCCUCCAGCCGCCGGCUCGCCUAUGAGGCUUACACGCUGGCGUACGACCUGGCGAGACGCGCCGAGCGGACUUUCCACUUUGAGCGGCCAGCCGAAAUUUCCCGCUCAUAUAUUUCGUUCGGUUACUGGGACCCUGCGCGCGAUGGACUUCUCGCCGGCGAAGCCUUGGCGCUUUCGCUGCGCCGUCUUGAAGCCGCCUAUCAAGACCGCCGCGGCCAUGAUUUUGAGGUGACAAGGUCCAUUUCUUUACGACUUUUGGCGCCGCUUGAGCUCGUGCGCCUUCGCGAGACAGCCCGCUGCGAGUUUGCCCUGCCUGAGACGCUUUUCGACAUGGACUUCCCGGGCCACUACAUGCGACGCGUUCGGUCUAUUGCACUUUCGAUUCCUUGCGUCGUCGGCCCGCAUGUAGGCGUCAACGCUACGCUUCGUCUGCUCGAGAACAAGAUGCGAACCUCACCUCUGGCUGCUGACGCCAAUGCGUACCCUGAAACCCCUGGUGAUGACGGGCUGGACCAACGCUUCACCACCUCCUCCGUACCCAUCACGGCCAUUGCUGCAUCCUCUGCCCAGACUGAUCCUGGUGUCUUCGAGCUGUCGAUGAAGGACGAGCGUUUCCUUCCCUUGAGGGCGCCGGCGUCAUUUCUCGUUGGCGCCUGA